GGUCUGUCUGGUCGGUUACGGGUUACCUCAACUGACCACACCUGAAACCUUAACGUGGUGGUGGGCUGGUGGCAACUGCCUCUGGCUCUUUCCCAGUUCGUAAAGUGCUGCUUCACUCUCCUCAUCUUCCUUUUUUUUUCCAUUUAAAUUUAUAUACACACAUAAUAAUUAAUAAUAUGUCCAACCACGUCAUCGAAGAAUCUACCUCUUCAGCAACCAAAGAACUCGAACAAAAACAAGAGAAGGAGAAGGAAGAAGAGAAAGAUGAAGAUGACGAGUUACGAAAGCUCCUACUCCCCGAUGUCUGUAAUCUUCCUUCAACUCCUCCUUCCGCCGUUGAAUCCAACUUCGCCAUUUACUUCGCUCUAGAUUUUAUGAAGCCAGGGCACGAUCAGUACGUUUACCGGCACGCCAAUGGCUUGUGUGUGAUUGGUUUGGCUCCUUCCCACGUUUCUUUCAAGGAUGAAGGUGGAAUCACAGCCAUAGAUUUCAAUGUGGGAAAGUCUGAUCGCAGUGGGGUCAAGGUCACUGGAAAGCGUAAGAAGAAUGCUCAACACUUUGAGUCCAACACGGCUUUGUGCAAAGUUUCUACCAAAGAUGAUUCCUAUAUAGUGAGGUGCUGUGUCAAAGGCUCCCUUUUGGAAGUGAACCAAGAACUGAUCAAGCAACCAGAACUACUUAAUGCUUCGGCAGACAGGGAAGGAUACAUUGCUAUUAUAAUGCCAAAACCUGCUGAUUGGCUUAAGAUCAAGGCCUCCCUUGUUAGCGUUGAGGAAUACAAGAAAUUGAGGGAAGUCAGUUGAAUUAGAACCAUGCAUCGAUUUAUGAUGACACGUUGAAGGAGACUGUGAAAACGCAUGCUACCAUAUUUCAUUACUUAAUCCAUGGUUUCCCCAUAUGAUGCUUCAAGUUCUGUAAUCUCAGAAAGCUACAAAUUUGAAGAAAUCAAAAAACAUUUAGGUGCUUAUUGUGGGAAACCUCUUUACAAGACUGUGGCACAGUCAUUGGGGCUCGACCGUGUUAGUUUCGGCACCAAAGAAUAGAUUGAUUUUGAUGCUAAUGUAAGACCGUUCUUUAGAGUUUCCAUUUUGGUUUUGGUUUGUUUUAUGCUUUGUGAACCUUAUUUACUCCGCAAAUCAAGAUAUCAGGAUUCGGAAUAAAAAUUCAAAGCCGAACACAUAAUUAAAUAAA